AUGGUGGAGAUCCUCUCUGCUCGUCCGCCUACACCCCCAAGGACAGCCUCGCGCAUCGUGAUUGAAAACACCGAGUCACCACUAGCAGUUCAAACACCUAAGGAGUCAUCAUUUUCCACGCUGGAAUCGGCGGAAGCUGGCCCGUCCAGCCGCAGUUCGAAGAAAGUGAAUUUCUCGCCAUGGCCCAAGUACAUCAAACCACCAACCUUCGCUAGUGCUAUGAAAUCGGCCCCCGACUUCAAGGCUAUUUCUCCGUCCCCGAAUUCCAAGCCUAAGAAGUCGAUCCUGAAAGCAACCCAGUCACCAAUUCCUGUUUGGUCACCUAAUGUCGAUGCAUUCACCGCCGAAUCGCUUGCCAUGCUGCUCGAAUCGGUCACCCAACAACUGGCAGGCGAGUCAAUGACCUCCCGACUCGAUGCCUACAUGCAAUUCUAUGGCGCGCUACGAACGUAUGAUGGGCUUCCGGCGGGUCAGAAGAUUACCGAAAAACUGAAUCUCAUCACCGAGUUUAUUCAGCGAGAUGUGAAUCUGGACCUUGCGAACGUCUCCCCUAUCGAUACAAACCUUGCCAGCCAGGCUCUGAAACUGUCAGCUGCAUUUGUUUGGCAUCCGGAAAUUUCGACACAGCUUUCAGAGGAAUUCAAAAUCUUUCUGGUCGACCACUCCAUCACUUGUCUACAUGAGGCCAAGGCCCCGAAGUCUGUUUUGACGCACUACAUGUCCAUAUUGUCUACUCAAACCUUUGGCCCCAAGAUUAUGACCGGUGCCCGUGUGGCUCGUCUUUUGACGGUACUGCAAGAGGUAACCAAGAAUAUCAGUGGCAACGCAAUUGUUUCCCAUCGAUUGAACAUUUACCAGCGGCUGCUGGGCCAAGCCAAGACUACUUUUAUCUCCCAAGCCAACCUAUGGAUCGAACAUUUGAUAUUUGGGCUGCUUCAUCAUUUGAAGGAUACCAGGUCAAAAGCGAUCGCAUUUGGCCUGCAGGUGGCCACAGAAGCCGGUCCUAAUCCUACACUGUCAAAAAACAUCCAGGAUCUCUUCGACCGGCCAUUAGAGCACGGCCGAAAGCUUGUAUCAGAGGUUCGUGAGCGCAUGACACGAAUGAUGGCGUCGGUGGAUAGCGGUGAGCACGUUCCUCAAAUUUGGAGCGUCAUUAUCCUUCUUCUCCGCAACAAAAGAUGGAAUCUGGAGAAAUGGGAUCAUUUUAAGGAGUGGGUUCUCGUGGUCCAAAAAUGCUUCAAUUGCAGCGACCUAGCGAUCAAGACGCAGGCUAUCGUUGGUUGGAAUCGAUUUGUCUCUGCUAUCAACCCCAACGAAUCGACGCCCCGAGCGAUCCUACACAUGCUGGGAAAACCGGUACUUUCUCAAUUCGACCGCAGGAAGACCGACAAAUCAGGAUCACCGCCCACUCCAGUUGCUCUGACCAGCUACUACAAUCUGCUAUACUACACUUUCCGCCCUUCAGUUUCUUAUCAGCACCUAGAUAUUAUAUGGGAAGAAUACGUGGUAAUGCCGUCCUCAGGAAUUUUCUCAUCAGUCCCGGUUCUCAGUGACUGUCUUUCACGCAUAUUGACGAACCUGCUGUGGAGUACGCAGGCUAAGUUAUGGACAGAGAAUCGAAUCAAUGACACUACCAAAAUGGAAGCAGAGGAACUUCCUGCAGCUGACAGCAGAUGGGUUCGAUCAAGAAUUACCUCAAUUCUGAAGGUUUUUGAGCAUAUAUUCAAAGCAUCAGUUUGGAUCGAUGACGCAGUUGGCCAAUCUCACGUGGCAUUGGCCUGGAACAGUCUGUGCAGUGCGUUAUCGCUUGCGUCCAGCAAAGAGAUUACCCCCUCGGGGGAGUCGAUGCAAGCCGUUGCUAGCGUUUGGAGUCUACUGCACCGCCUUUGGAUUGCAGGGCCGCCCUCGUUGAAUGCCAACAGCACAGAUAUUUUCUUCGAAAGAUUCAGAUUCUUGUCUACCACAAUGAUUGUUUCUAUUGGGGGCAUUCCGUUUACCGAAAAGCUUCUUUUGAGAAACGCGGAUGGAACCGACAACAUUUCCAAACAUUCACACCCGAAUACGACACAAGAAAGUGCUAUUCUUCAUCUCCUUCGAAUAAUCAGCAGCACUGCAGGGACAAUAGUGCCAAGCAAGUCUUAUACACACCUUGUUUUAGGUAACAUUGACGCGGCAUGCAACGGGAGAUUCUCCCGAGGAUCUCGCCUAGAGCUUCUCCAGCAGAGUGCAGAAUUGAGCAUCACAAAAAGCAGUGCUAUCCCUCGUGCGGUCCAACUGUCUGAGGUGAUUUGGAAGGCUACUGCCCAGGCGGCCGCAGGUGCUUUGCAGUCGUUCCCUAUGGAGUCCGCUCGUGGUCGCGACGGCUCUGUAUCCCGUGACUAUGAAAAUGUCAUCAAGAUUCUCUCGUUUGGACUUUCAUUUCCAUCGGCCUUUCAAGAGUGGUCUCACUUGCUCGAAAUUUUUGUUCGCGUCGUUAGAACAGAGAAAGGGAACCAAGCGGUUGCCGAUAUGAUUGUGGAACCCAUGGCCGAACGCCUCAUGCAUCUUUCUGCUGGAGAUACCUACCUCCCCUCAACUUCGUUGCUUAGUCAUUCUUUAUCUAUCCCUUUCAUGCAAGGAACCGGGCUAGGGAUUGAUCGCAGUGGUAUCCAGGCAGCCGGUCAUGCCAUCUUUCCUCAUAAACUCCUCGCAUCAAUUGCCCAGACAUUACAUGGCGCAUAUGACAAUUUCAACGCAUCACAAUCCAGUGGCCUUCCUGACUUCAUAGAGGCAUUGACUUCUUUUCUUGGCACCGGUGUUCCGCAGUUCCAAAGCCAAAUUCUUCAAUGUCUCCAGUCCUCAAUCGGUGUUUGGUUAAAGGAUGAAUCUCACAAAAUCCAUGUUGACUGCGGUGUUGACAGCAGAACCCUGACGGCUUGCCGUGCGCUCUCAUCAGCUACCAUCAAUACUCUGCAAACAUCAGUUUCCCAUGACCUACCUUCUUUGAAAGACUUCGAGCCUAUUCUUUGCGCCGGGUUGGAGUCUUCGCAUAUGUCAACAGCCAAGAGAUAUGUCGAACUUUGGGGCUUGACCUUUGGCUCACAGGCUUUUGUCACCCCAGCCACCAUUUUGCAAGCCGUACAAACUGCCGAGUCCAGGAUCCAGGCUGCAACCUUGCCUCCGCAAGACGGUGAUCAGGAUACCGAGAUGUUAUCCCCACCUCCUCCGCAAGACAAAAUGAAUCAGUCAUUGCAUCAGCCGUCACAGGACAAUCAGCUUUCGUCUCCCGUCAUACGCACUGAAGACCCCUCUGUGGCUCUCAAGCCAACCGAACAGUUCCGUGAACCCCAGUUGCCGAGCAACCCUCAGAAGCCCAUGGAUGCGCAAAUUGUUGAUGGCCUCUCACUAUCUCACAAGCGUAAAAGCCAUCACGAAAUGUUUUCGAUGAUUGAAUCGAUUCAAUCUUCGUCGCCAGCUAGUACUCCACGCAAAUUGGGCUUCGAUACUCCUCGUCAUGUACGCAAACUACAUGGAGAAUCACUGACCAGACUUCCUCUAACGCCCACUCUCGCCCCUACUGAGAAUGAAGACGGAUUCAUCGGCUCGUCUCCUACGCCUGGGACCAGAGACCCGACACCUGCCAUGAAUUCCGAUGCACUCAUAUCAAGCCACCUGCCUGCGGAUUUGGGUGGAGACCCUCCAUCAUCUCCUCCCGAGAUGCAAUCUCGGAGUCCAAGCCCUCGCAAGAGUCGCUCGAAAAGCGCGCGGCGAAGGGCGGCGAAAGCAAGAAAGGCUCUCGUUGCUACAUCCAGCAAACAGUCAACAGUCAACAGCCCCGCUACUUCCCGCCUUGCGACAGAGAACAUAGACACACCUAUGAGUGAUGCCCAUGACUAUGAUAAUGAAAACGCCGACACUACACCUCGAGCAAACGGAGUUACUCCCAGUCGGCGACUUCGAUCUGCCCUGGGUAAGGACUCAGAUACAGCAGAGCCAUCUCCGGUGCCACCUGUUGACGCCGACAAAACACCUGUCCAACAACCAACUCGCAGAAGUAAACCAAGCUCGAGCUCCAAGAAGAAACGGAAGCAAACUCAGUCUAAGCCUGUGGAUGAUCAACCCCAGCAAGCCAUGGACAUGCCCCCUGAUACCCUUCUGGAUAGUUUCAUGGACUCGAGUGAAGAGACAGAGUCACAAAUCGCAUCACAGCUCGGGCAGGACUUGGAGUUAGCAGUGGAUAUGGAGGAUAGGGAUAAUCUAGAGCAAGCAGAACUUCCCAGUGAGCCAUCCAUGAAGAAGAGAAAGCGAGAUCAAGAGGAUUCUCCUUCAUCGGUGAGAACGGACAGGCGCCGGUCUACACGGCUGUCCACAGUUAAAGACGCAGUCAGCACCGAGUCAUUGCAAUCUGAUUCUUCACACUCACACCAUGCCAUCUCUCGGCAGGUUUCUCCUGCUAAAUCAUUGUCGCCAACUGCUACUCGCCGAUCCACCCGCAGUUCACAACGAAAGGAUAGUGAUAACCCUCCUGCAGACUCAGUUGCACAGGAAUCAACACAGGCAUCAACGCAAAACACCGAGACACCGCGGCCGUCUAAAAGGUCUCGCAAAUCCAUUCGUCUUGAGGACCAGUCUUCCUCUAUCGCCAUCGAUAGCAGUCCCCAAAGUGUCCCUCGAGAUACCCGGUCCCGCAAGACGCGGUCUCAGCAACAUGCAUUUGAGGCGUCUCAGCCUCAAUCAUCAAGCAUUCCAUCCGAGGAACAUGGCGAUACUGAUCAGUUGCCACCUCAGGUCGACGUGGACAUUGUCCCUGAGGGCCUCAUCACAAAAGACCAAGUGGGGCAGAACACCCCUCUUGUGUCUACCGAGGAGGCAACUAUCACUCAAGUCUCCGAAGUGGAGCAAGCCAUUGAGCCUGCGGUAAAACCAGACACCGAGGUGGACAUCGAAAUGGACAUCGACAUGAAUGCAGUACAGCAGUCCGGUGAAAUAGUCGAGCAAACUACAAGUGUUGCCACCACGGGUACACAAACCCAAGAAUUACCCCCCGAACCCAAGCCCGGCACCAGCGAACAAGCCAUCACCCAGUCUUUGAAGAACUUCUUGGGUGAAAUGAAAAUGACCAAUUUGUCCCCGAGCGCUUUCCGCGAGGUGGAUGAUAUUCUCUUCAAACUCCGUUGCGAGGCACAAAAUGCAUCGACGCGACACAAUACUUCAGCAUAG